AUGGCUCCCGGAACACUGCCAGAUGAGAGGGCCGGCGAUAUGGCUUUCCCCUCAUCGACCAGCACCGCCAAACCCCGGAUAUUAGUUCCGGAAAAAGUGUCCACAGACGGACUCGCGCUGCUCUCCGCCGACUUCGUCGUAGACGUGCGACAAAGCGUGUCGGCAGCGAAGCUCAUGGAGCUGAUCCCGUCAUACCACGGCCUGAUCGUGCGGUCCGAGACGAAGGUGACGGCGGCGGUGCUGGCAGCGGGCCGGAAGCUGCGCGUCGUGGCACGCGCCGGCGUCGGCGUCGACAACAUUGACGUAGACGCGGCCACGGCGCAGGGCAUCAUCGUCGUGAACUCGCCCGCCGGUAACAUCGUCGCCGCCGCCGAGCACACCAUCGCGCUGCUGCUGGCUACGGCGCGGAAUAUCGGCCGUGCGGACCGCGGGUCCAAGGAUGGCCGUUGGGACAGGGGCAAGCUGGUUGGUGUUGAGGUUGGGCGCAAGAUCCUGGGCAUCAUUGGCUUGGGUAAAGUCGGUAUGAAGGUCGCACGGAUGGCCGUCGGCCUCGGCAUGACUGUCCGUGCAGUAGACCCAUAUGCGAGCGCCGACAUCGCGCGACAAGCGGGCGUCGAGCUGGUCCCCUCGCUAGCCGACCUCCUGCCAGUGGUGGACUUCCUAACGAUCCACACACCCCUCCUCGCAUCGACGCUGGACCUGCUCGGCGAGGCGGAACUGCAGCAGAUGAAGCGCACGGCGCGCGUGCUCAACGUCGCCCGCGGCGGCGUCUACAACGAGGCGGCGCUGCUGAAGGCGCUCGACGAGAGCUGGAUCGCGGGUGCCGGGCUCGACGUGUUCACGGCGGAGCCGCCGGCGCCGGAAUCGCCGGCCGCGACGCUCAUCCGCCACGAGAAGGUCGUCGCGACGCCGCACCUCGGGGCGUCGACCGUCGAGGCGCAGGAAAACGUAUCACUGGACGUCUGUACCCAGGUUCUAGCGAUCCUGCAAGGAGGGCUCCCGACGAGCGCGGUUAACGCGCCGAUGAUCCUGCCGGAGGAGUACCGGCAACUACAGCCGUUCGUGCGAUUGGUCGAGCGCAUGGGCGGCCUAUAUACGCAACACUACGCCCGCGGACGAGGCGGCAUGGUCGGCGGACGCCGCUUCGAGCUCGCGUACCAGGGGAAUCUAGCCGGGGUGUCGAACACGCGACCGCUGUUCGCGGCGCUGGUCAAGGGCCUCGUGUCGGCCAUCUCGGACUCGGGUGGGCGCGACGUCAACAUCGUCAACGCGACCCUCAUCGCCAAGCAGAAGGGCGUCGUCAUCAACGAGGUCCACAUGCACACUCCGCGCGAGAGCCGCGCCGCCGAGAGCUCGGCUUACGCGAGUCUGGUCUCGCUGCGCGCCCUCGACGGCGACGGCCAGGGUCAGGUUAUCGAGGGUUACGUCUCCGGGAAUAACAUCUACAUUGCGCGUCUCGAUCGCUUCGCCGCCAGCUUCACGCCUGAGGGUACCUUGCUCAUCUUGCACAACUACGACGAACCGGGGAAGAUCGGCGGCGUGGGCACGGUGCUCGGUCGCUACGGGAUUAAUGUUAUGUUCAUGCAGGUGGCGAGCUUGGAUCCGGCUCGUGAGCGGCAUGAGCGUGAGAGUGAGAGCGGCAAGGGGUUGGGACUGAGUAGACUGGUUUCAGGGGUCACGAUCGUAGGGGAUGGUGGUGAUGGUGGUGAUGGGGCUGGGAAUGGGAAGGCUAAUGGUGACGAGGCGCUUAUGAUUCUGGGUGUGGACGGCGCGGUCACUAAGGAGGUCAUUGAGGAUCUGGAGAAGUCGGAGGGUAUCUUGCGUGUUAGUCUCGUGAGGUUGUGA